AUGACGGGUCGUAAGAGCGGGGUAGCCACUCGCAUCAGAGAGGUGGCACCUGAGAUGCGCUGGACUCACUGCAGUGUCCACCGUGAGGCACUGGCAGUGAAGAAGAUGCCUGAUGACCUGAAGUUUGUGCUGGACUCUGCUGUAAAAACUGUGAACUUCAUAAAGUCCAGACCGAUGAAUGCUCGCUUAUUUCAUGUGCUCUGCGAGGAGAUGGGUAGUGAGCAUGUCCAACUCUUGCUUCAUACUGAAACAGGAUUGAGGGAAGAGCUGAGGUUUACCCACUCCAUCUGCACCAAAAGUGAAGCCAACAUGAAAGUGUUUGCAUCUGGAAGGCGGCCAUUGGUCUGGUUCAUAUGUUUGCUGAGUUUGCCGGCUGCAGCGUGUCAAAAUGUCCGCCUGUGGCCCGCCAAGUGCUCGGGCAGACUGGAGGUGCUCCAUAACGGCCAGUGGGGAACCGUGUGUAACGACAUGUGGAACAAGUUGAACUCUGUGGUGGUGUGCCGCGAGCUGGCCUGUGGACCCGCCACUGACUCCACCAGAAGUGGAGCGGGUCGGGCCACGGGGGAAAUCUGGUUGGAUGACGUCAAGUGCAAAGGCAACGAAUCCUCCAUCCUGUCUUGUCAGCACAACGCCAUGGGAAACCACAACUGCGACCACUCCGAGGACGUGUCAGUGGUAUGCUCAGACCCAGUGAGAUUCUCUCACAGCACAGACCGCUGCUCUGGAACUUUGGAGGUCUUCAAGAGUAGUUCAUGGAGCACGGUCUGUUACAACAACUGGACCCCCGAGCUGUCGAGAGCUACGUGUCAGCAGCUGGACUGUGGACUUCCCAAAGCUGCCAACGCAACCGUUCAGACAUACAAGGGGCUCGUGAGCAGUUGUGUUGGAAACGUAACGUCGGUGUCAGAGUGCACUCUCACAAAUAGCGCAGACAUGUGCCAAGGCGUAGCUCUGUCCUGCACAAGUUUCAGAGAUAUAAGGCUUGUGAAUGGCUCUGACCGUUGUUCUGGACGAGUGGAAGUGUUUUUCAACAAAGGGUGGGGGACAGUGUGCGACGACAACUGGGACAUGAAGGACGUCCAGGUGGCGUGUCGAGCCAUGGACUGUGGCGGCCCCAUUGAGGCAAAGCACCAUUCGUUUUUUGGCGAAGGUGAUGGCCAGAUCUGGCUGGACAAUAUGGACUGUGCUGGAAACGAAUCAAACCUGGCAGACUGUACCCGCAAUCAACUGGGAGAUCACAACUGUGGGCAUUCUGAAGAUGCUGGCGCUGUCUGCUCCUCUCACAUCAGACUGAUUAACGGCACCAGUGGCUGCUCUGGCAGAGUGGAGUUCAGUGUUGGUGACCAGUGGUCGUCAGCCCGCCUGUCCACCUGGGCGCUGAAGGAAACUGUAGUCGUGUGCCGGGAGAUUGACUGUGGCGAGGCGGUGUCUUUCUCAGGAUCAAAUACUGCAAAUGAACCUUUGAGCAUCCACGACGUUACCUGCAAAGGCACUGAAGGGUCACUAAAAGAAUGCACGAUAGAACGAUAUAAUCGGAUAAAAGGGGAUAAAUCCGAAGAUGCAACAGUUGUUUGUACAGGUAAAGUUCUUUUGUCGGAUGGGCCUAACCGUUGUGCUGGGAGAGUGGAGGUACACCACAGCGGCCAGUGGGCGGACGUGUGCCCCGAUUCCUUUGACAUGAACGAUGCGCAGGUGCUCUGUAAGCAACUGAACUGUGGCUCCGUGCACAAAGUUAUUACCUCCACUGGUAAAAUGUCAGCAAAGCUCUGGGUGGACGACGUUGGCUGUAGCGGGAACGAGUUUCAAUUCUCCAUGUGCCCACUACAGUUCAGAAACAAGACAUGCUCCAGCUCUGUGGUGGCGGGAGUCAUAUGUGGAGAUGGCGUUGUUGUUCGCUUGAGCAAUGGUCAAGACCGGUGUUCUGGGCGUGUUGAGGUCCACCACGGAGAUACCUGGGGAACGCUGUGUUCUUCAGGCUGGGACGUCAACAAAGCCAAAGUAUUGUGUGACAUGUUGGAAUGUGGACACGUACAGAAUGCUUCGAUUACGGGUGUUUAUCCUCCCGGCAUGGGGCCGGUGUAUAACCCCACCGAUGCCUGCUUCAACAGCCUGACGUCCAUGCACCGGUGCUCUCUCAUUGGCUUCCCGUCAUCAACAUGUGGUCAUGACAAGGACAUUAGUAUUAAAUGUGGAGGCGACUCCUCCAUUCGGUUUGUGAAUGGAUCAGACCGGUGCUCCGGCAGAGUGGAGAUCCUUCACAACGCCAAGUGGGGCACUAUAUGUGAUGAUGACUGGGACAUUCGAGACGCCCAGGUGGUGUGCCUGUCCAAAGACUGUGGCACGGCGCUGAUGGCGGUGCCCGGCAGCUUCUUUGGCCCAGGGUUUGAUGACAUCUGGCUGGAUGAUGUGAACUGCUUGGGGAAUGAGUCUUCGAUUGUACAAUGUGAACACCCAGAUUUUAGUAACCACAACUGUGGGCACGGAGAAGAUGCUGGGGUCAUCUGCUCAGCCCACCUCAGACUGCUCGGCGGUCCUGACCAGUGCUCGGGCAGCGUGGAGCUCUACCACGAUGGAGAGUGGUUACCCGCAGUCAAUACAAACUGGGGAAUGAACGAAGCGACCGUCAUUUGCAAGGAGAUGAACUGCGGCGACAUCAAGUCCACAACCGGAUCAUUCCUUCAAAAAGAGCUGCAGAAAGGCUUCAAAGUCAGCUGUACUGGCCGAGAGAGCAGCCUCAGCCAGUGCAACGUCAGGGCCUACGCCAAGACCCAGCCGACUGAGCAACUGCGCUAUGCUACAGUCACAUGUUCAGGUAUUGUGAAAUUGAAGGAUGGUCCGAACCGCUGCGCCGGCAGAGUGGAGGUGUUCCACAAAGGCCGCUGGGGAAAUGUGUGUGGUCAGUCCUGGGACAUGAACGACGCUAAAGUGGUGUGUCAGCAGCUGAACUGUGGCCAAGCCUUCAACCUCACCACGGACCCGAGCCUGUACGGCCACGGCACCGCCACGUUCCAGGUGGAGCACAUGGAGUGUAACGGCCGCGAGUCCCUGCUGGAGCAGUGCUCCCUCGUUCAUGGGGGCAAGGAAUGUAACCAGUCCUCUGUGGCUGCGGUCAUCUGCUCAGACAGCCUGAACAUCCGGCUGGUCGAAGGAUCUGACCGCUGCACCGGGAGAGUAGAUGUGCGCAUGGGGAGCGUGUGGGGCGCAGUGUGUGGGGCGGACUGGAGCGUGGAGAAGGCUGAGGUGGUUUGUGAGCUGCUGGACUGUGGACAAGCCAUCAGCGUGAGCACCGUGCCACACAAAGCAGCUGUCCCUGUAUCGGAUCCGGGCGCUGAGUGUUUCAGCAGCAGGCAGGCUCUACAGCGCUGCCUGACCAGUGGCCUGCCACGAUCCACGUGUGCGCAGAGUCAAGACGCCAGUGUUUCCUGUGCAGCUCUAGUCCGUCUGGCCGAUGGCCCGCACGCCUGCUCUGGCCGUGUGGAGGUGUUCCACAAAGGAGAGUGGGGGACGGUGUGCAACGAUGACUGGGACAUGGACGAUGUGCGUGUGGUUUGCAGACAGCUGGGCUGUGGAUUCCCAGUCUCCUCCUCUGUGGACGGCAGCGGCAAAGGCCAAAUCUGGCUGGACAACGUGCAGUGUCGCGGGACAGAAGCCUCCAUCGCCCAGUGCACUCAUAACGGCUGGAGCAAUCAUAACUGUGGCCACGAGGAGGACGCCUGGGCCUCCUGCCUGGACGUGCUUCAAAAGCCCAAAAUUCUGCUGAACCCGGGGGCAGAGGUGAAAUGGGGGGACACCGCCUCCGUGACUUGUGCAGUGUCGAACCAUGAGGCAAGGGGGACUUUCACGCUGAGGAAACUCAACAGCACAUUCAAAAUGGAGAAAUUCUCAGAGAACUUGGCUGCGGUGUUCACCCUUCCCUUUGUGAGCCUCAACCACAGCGGAUCCUACUACUGUCAAUACAGAAAGAACGUAGGGAGGGACGUCAACUACUUUCCUGAAGGAGACAGUAUGGAGCUCACAGUCAAAGUGAGCCUGGACCGGCCUGACAUCCUUGUGACGUCUCUGGACCCGAUGAUCAAGUCCAGUCUUCACAAUAUCUCCAUCUCCCGAGGCCACAGCUUCAACCUGACUUGUUCUGUGCGGUCCAUCUUCCCGGGCGGCUUCUUCUACAUCAUCAAGGCCAAGAGAAAAGCCAGCGAGUCCAAAGCAGCGGUGCACCAACCCGAGGGGGACCUGGUGAAAUCGGUCUUCCUGUUUCAUAAUGUGCAGUAUGUGGACAAAGGCGAUUACAGCUGUGUUUUCGGGGUCAAUCUCUCCACGCAAACGUUCGACUCAGUCCCAUCUCCAAACAUCCACAUUACUGUGGUCGCCGGGUCGUCUACGUCUGUCGCAUUGGGGGUGGUGAUUGCCCUGCUCCUGCUGGGGGUCCUGCUGGGGGUGGGCUACUUCGUGUGGAAGAAGAGGAGAUGGAACACAGACAGCAUGGUCAUGUUCGUGAACCGACUGGGAGGAGCGCUGCAGGACAUCGGAAACAACGUAAGAGCCGGAGCUGCCGUGCCACACAGCUUCUCCAACAUUAACGUGGACAUGGACGGGAUCGAAGACCCUCCAGGAACUGUCAACAACGAUCACGAACCACUCGUCUUUUCCAAUUAA